UAGUGACAUUGCUAGGCGAAUGGCCAUUGACCGGAAAACUUCACCAGCUGCUUGGUGGGCUACAUUUGGGGGAGAUACACUAGUGUUGCAAAGGGUCGCCCGACGCUUGUUGUCGCAGUGUGCAGCCUCUAGUGGAUGUGAAAGGAACUGGAGCACAUUUGCUUACAUCCACACCAAACUGCGCAAUAGGUUGAGCCACCAGAAAUUGGACAAAUUGGUCUUUGUGAACUACAACCUCCGCUUGCAUCUGCAACGUGCUACUAGAGGGGUCGAUCCAUAUGACUAUGAUCCAGUUAGCAGUUUCAUGGAUCUUUCUUUGUACCGGCAGUCAUCAGCAAUUCAAGAUUGGAUGAAGCAAUCAAGGUCCAAUGGAGACCCAGCAUUUGAUGAAGACUCUGACUUCACUGACACUCCAUUGCCGAGCCAGAUGUUCACUGACAUAGGCUCUUCUCAUGGUCACGAUGAAGAUGUGGAGACAUGGGCCGAAGAAACAAUUGGGGACACACAUCUGGGAAAAAGGAAGACUAAGAUUGGUCCCGAAAUGAGAAAAGGGAAGAAACCACGCACUGAGGAGGAGUUAGGUAGUGACGAUACCACACCUGAGCCUAGUGGUGGUGAGGACAUUGGUGAUGAUGAUGAUGAUGAUGAUGAUGAUGAUGAUGAUGAUGAUGAUGAUUCCAGUAGCAGUGAAGGUGAUGGCAACGAAAGUGGUGGUUAUCGUAUAUCUCCUACUAUAAGGUUCACUGGGGAGGAGGACUUCACCCAUGCAACACAAGAUACAGAUCAUGGAGCACCUACUUCACAACGACAAACAACAUCGACACAUCGACAUGGUCGACAGGCCCCACUUGCAUAUGAUGAAGAUAGCUCCAACUCUGCCUCCAGUGGUCAGUACUACAACCCUUACAGUACUUCUCCCCCUGUAGGGGGCUUUCUGUGGCCACCACCAGGGGUGGUGAACCCGCCACUUCCGCAGGCAGUUGCAGCAUUGCCUUAUUUGGAUUAUCAUGGCUACCUACCAUAUGGAGCUCCACAGUUGCAAUAUCGCCCACCUACGUACGUGUAUUUGCCACCAACAGACGAGCCGUAUGAGGGACCACCGGGAGAGAGAUUUGAGGACUGAAGAAUGCAGAGAAUAUGCUACAUGGAUUAUUCUGGACUAUGUCUUUGCCUCUGUUGUAUCUUUGGAUUGUAAUAAUUCUAAGGGACUUUGGAUGUAUUGCGUUCUAUGUGUGGACUUUGGACAUGAGUUAUGUGUAAUAAUUCUAAUGGACUUUGGAUGUAUUACGUUGUA